AAGGAGAAUUUUCCGUCUAUUUAAGUCUUACAAGACUCAAGUGAUUUAUCUCUAUAACUGUGCGCGGAGGAUAUACGUACAAAUAAAGAAAAAGGAGAGAGAGGAAAAAAAGUUUCUAGGUUUUAUUGAAUUGUUUAAUACUACUUAAGUAGCAAGUAGCAUUGAUCUCUCUCACUCAUCCUUACUACUCAACAAUCAAGAGGAUCAGAUCCAUAGGAAGUGUUUUAUCUGUCUAUCAAACCACACACCAAAAACACUGAUCAGUCAAUCCCAUCAAUCAAAUCAUAAAAUCAAGAAUUCAGAAAAGGAGAAAGUGAAGAAUCAACAAAAAGAAGAAAAAAAACAUGUCCUCUUCAUCAUCAACUUCCUUUUCACCGGACCAGCAACAACAGCAACAACUCUCUCCUUCCGACCAACUCUGUUAUGUUCAUUGCAAUUUUUGUGACACUGUUCUCGCGGUGAGUGUUCCUUCUUCAAGUUUGUUCAAGACCGUGACAGUGAGAUGUGGUCAUUGCACUAAUCUUCUCUCAGUUAACAUGCGUGCUUUGCUCCUUCCUGCUCCUAAUCAGCUUCACCUUGGACAUAACUUCUUCAAUCCUCAAAAUUUUAUGGAGGAGAUUCGAAAUGCGCCUUCGACAAACAUGAUGAUGAAUCAGCUUCCAAAUCCAAAUGAUUUGAUGAUGAGUGGCAUGAGAGGAGUGCAUCAUGAAGAAAUCCCUAAACCUCCAGCUGCAAACAGACCUCCGGAGAAGAGACAGAGAGUUCCAUCUGCUUACAACCGCUUCAUCAAAGAUGAGAUCCAACGUAUCAAAGCUGGGAAUCCUGAUAUAAGCCACAGAGAGGCUUUUAGUGCAGCUGCAAAGAAUUGGGCCCACUUUCCACACAUUCAUUUCGGACUUAUGCCUGACCAUCAACCCGUGAAGAAAGCUAAUGUUCGUCAGGAUUCAGAGGACGUGCUUAUGAAAGAUGGGUUUUUCACACAAGCAAAUGUAGGUGUCUCUCCCUACUAGAAGGAAAAAGUGUGUUUGUUUUUAUUGUGUAGUGUCAUACUCUUGUCUCUAAUUAAGUAUAAUAUGUUUGUACUAAGAGACUUUGUCUUUUGCAUAUUUAAUGGUGUGCACUUGUAUUAGUACUUUUUUGUAUUACAAUGUUGUUAGUUUAUAAUGAGUGGUGGAUUGGAAGGGGGAGAUAUUGACAAAGUUUUAGAUUAUAAAUUCUUCUGAAAAUGAAGAUGGUAUGCUUUCUUUUAAA